AAUGCCUUUGCCCUGUUUCUAAAGUCACAGCGGAAAUGGGAGAGCCCGCCCCUGCAGGAGGAACAUGUCUCUCAAUUCAAAUCGUUCUGCAAAGACCACAAAUUCGACGCAGAAAGGCACAUCGUUCCUCACGGCUCAUACCUUGUCAACCUUGCGCAAGCAGAUACCGCAAAAGCGAAACAGGCUUAUGAAUCAUUUCUAGAUGAUGUGAAACGCUGCGAGGCUCUGGGCAUCAAACUCUACAACUUUCACCCUGGUAAUACCGGCCCUUCACCAAGACCGGAAGCCAUAGCUCGUAUAGCAGGUCAGCUCAAUCGGGUCCAUCAGAACUCUUCUGGCGUUGUCACUUUGCUCGAGACCAUGGCUGGUGGGGGCAACGUUAUUGGCUCAACUUUUGAGGACUUGAGGGACAUCAUCGCCUUGAUAGAUGACAAAAGUCGUGUGGGUGUGUGCUUAGAUACAUGCCACAUAUUUGCUGCCGGCUACGAGGUUCGUGAUAAGACCGCCUUUGAAGGUACCAUGUCAUCAUUUGCCGAUAUUAUUGGCCUGAAGUAUCUACGUGCAGUGCAUCUGAAUGAUAGCAAGGCUCCAUUUGGUUCGCAUCGCGACCUGCAUGCUAAUAUUGGCACUGGUUUUCUUGGCUUGCGAAGCUUUCACUACAUUAUGAAUUCGCCGUUGUUCCAUAAUAUGCCGAUGGUGCUGGAAACGCCCAUUAGUGCAAAAGAUAGUUCUGGCAAGGAAAUCGAAGACAAGGGCAUUUGGGCACGAGAAAUCAAAACGUUAGAGAGCUUAAUAGAUAUGGACAUGGAUGGAAAUGAAUUCCGGGAUAUGGAAGAGCGGUUAUGGAAAUCAGGAUCGGACGAGAGAGCAAGAAUCCAAGCACAGGUGGACAAGAAGCUUGAGAAGGACAAGCUUAAAGCAGUGAAGAGUAGCAAGGCCGGCAAAUCGAAGCCAGUCGCACGACGAAAAACGGCCAAACAACAAGCCGAAAGCAGUGAUAGCGAGCUGAGCCCCAAUGACAGCUCCGAAAAUUAA